AUGGGCAAGGGUAGUGACCGGAGCUCCGCAGAUCUGCACACUAAGUGUGGUGUAUGUGGCACGUGCGAAUGGAACUCGUUGUUGGCUCAGCGGGACAGGUACUGUCGGUGUGGGGUGCAGCUCUCGUUGCACAGGAAGAAGUCCAAGGGCAAGGGCGGCGAGCAGGACACUCUCGCCCUGAAGUUGCCGCAGGACCGCAAGAGCACCCCAGAUGCGACAGCGGUCUUGAAGAGAGCGGCCGAGCUUGCCAAGGCAGCCUGGCGGGGCGCCAAUGCGAAGUACGACGCGGCUGUCAAGGCCGUGGAGAGGGCGGCGGAACAGCUUGCCCAAGCACGGCUUCGUGAGGAAGAGACGGUGCGCACACUGGCGCAGGCCGAGCUCGCCAAGAGGACGGCCGUGAAGGCCCUCGCGGCGGAGGUGGGCCUCACAUCGCAGGCGCCAGAGGCAGGAUCAUCUCCCGAGAAGACAGGGGGGGACCUCAGCUUCGACGUCGUCUGGGAUGAGAAUUUCUUCGCGUCGCUCCAUGACGGCACCAUGGAAUGCGAGGAGGCCGAGAAGAAGGAAUUGCUCCAACUCGAGAAGGACCUAGUCGCGGCGAAGUCCUAUCUCGGCGAGAAGGGGGACAAGGUGCGGGAAUGGUAUGCCCGCAUGGAAGUCCUCAGGAAUGAGUUGGCCUCGAGGAUGGCCAAGAAGCGCAAGGGUGCGGACGGCAACGCGAAGGCCACCAAGAAGACGGACGAGCCAGCAGCUGCCGCGCCUGGGACAGCACCCGAGGAGCCCGCGCCCACGGCGACGGAGACGGAGUCCAGGCGCGCAUCGAUGCGGAG